AUAUCUUUUAAAAGUUUGUUCGCCACAAUGGUUUGGUGUUGGAUGUGAACACGUGUGUAACUGUGCUGACCAAGAAGAAGUGUGUGACGUCAUUUCCGGUACUUGUAAGACAGGGUGUUCCGAUGGCUGGACUCGUGUUGAUUGUUUAACGCCUUGCACUGGAAAACGGUACGGCGAGGAAUGCAAAUACGGAUGUGGAUUUUGUGCAGACGAUAAAUCAUGUAAUCAUGUGACUGGUACUUGUCAAAAUGGCUGCAAACCAGGAUGGACAGGCAUGUUUUGCACACAGCAAUGCCCAGUUGACACCCAUGGUCCAAAUUGCAACAGAAUGUGUGGUCAUUGUUAUGGCAUUGAUGCAUGUGACGUCAUCAACGGAAGUUGUCUACACGGAUGUGAGCGCGGGAUACACAGGAAGAAUGUGCAACGAAGAGUGUCCUGUAGGCUGGUAUGGUACAAACUGCAGUCAAGAAUGUGGACAUUGUGCUAACAAUUCAAGGUGCGAUCCUAAAAUUGGAAUAUGUUCCGACGGUUGCCAGACAGGCUGGGAAGGUGUAUUUUGUGCACAAGGUUGUCCGAAGGGAUUUUACGGAAAUAAAUGUCUACUUGAAUGUACCAAUUGUUUUGAGGACGAAUGUAACACUGUCACAGGAAAGUGCACACUUGGGUGUACAGCGGGCUUUAGUGGUUAUCAAUGUGCCCAGGUUUGUCCUGAUGGUUUAUUUGGCAUAAACUGUACCGAUAAAUGCGGCAAAUGCAGUAGCGAGGGUCAAGGUCGUGUUUGUGACGCAAUAUCCGGAAAGUGUAAUUUUGGCUGUUUACCAGGAUAUAAGGAAAAUGAAUGCAAGGAGUUAUGUGAUUACAUGUAUUACGGAAGCGGAUGUAAAAAAUGUGGUGUCUGCAAACCAGGAACUACAUGUGACACAUUCAACGGCUCAUGCCCAGAAGGAUGUGCAGAUGGUUGGUUUGGUGACUAUUGCGAACUGAGCGAACCAUUUAGUGAUGAAGAUGGUCCUCAACUUGCUUUAUUCCUCGGCUUUAUGAUAUCCGUUGUUAUAAUUAUCAUGAGUCUUGUAACUAUAUGUCUUGUGUUGAUAUGGCGUCGCGAGCACCUGGUGGAAAUGGAGAGCGAACUUCCGGUUAAAGAAAAAGAAACACCAUUGAUCGACAGAAACGGUUAUUUGUCCGACGGGGAGGAAACUUUCAUCAUUUAAACAUUUUGCAGUGUCACUCUUUAUUUAAUAGGUGAUCAUAUAGCACUUCCGGUCUAGUGAGAAAAUACACGAAAAUAAAUAAACUCCAAAACUCCAAGGAAGGCACAUUUAAAACACCAUUAGAUUCUUGGAUAACCUAUUGUUAAUAUAUGAGAAACUAGUGUACCAUUUUGUUACAUCUAGAUAUGAUAACCAGCUUAAAAUCGUUCAUGUUACAAUGAAAAUUAAACAUUUUUAACUACACAAUGCAUGAUAAUGGACAUAUAUCGGACAAAAAAGCUUUCUUAGAAAUAGUCCUGGUAAUAAAUAUUACUUUGCACUGUAUAUAUUCCAUCCUGGAGAUAUUAUCACGACAGAGACUAUCAUUUAAUCACGACAGAGACUAUCGAUGGGUUACAAGCUCAAUGGAGCUGUUUGGAUUUUGAAAGUUUCCGAAAUUCAGAAAUUUGAAACAUGAAACAUCAGCUGUUUUAGUAAGACAUGAUUACUAAAAUAUAUAUGAAGCUGAUCAAAUUAACAAAUUGAUAGAAUUUGAGGAUCAUUAAAUUGUUAUUAAAUUUUAUUAUCACCAAUAGCUAACUUUGCUGAUACAUGUAUAAUAGCAGUUAAUCAUCACAAUUUAUCCUUAGAAGUUAACAUACGUAAAUUCUAAGACAGACCUAAUAUGAAUAAUAAAUCAGGAAUCAUACAAGGGAAACAUAGUCAAUUCUGACUUAACAGGGUCUACAUCAAAAAGAAGCAUUUUGAUUAGUUUAGGAGCCAUGCCUAUAUAAAAUGUUAUUUUUUAAGAAUAUACGUAUGUAUCAGGUUUACACCUUUAUUGUCUUUGGAAAUAAUUGCCUCUCUCUCUAAUUUUUUCUAAUAUUAUUUUCUAAUUUUAAAACUUUCACAAAGCAUUUUACAAGAA